CAUCGGCCAUGGCGGAGUGAGAGUCCGUGGGCAAGGGGCGGACAUGCCGCGGCGGAAGCGCACGCGGGCGGCCAGUGCUUGGGACAGCCCGCAGGUGCCCGGGCCCAGGCUCCCUGUGGUGCUGCUCCCCUCAUCGAGGCCGCUGCAGCCGAGGCAGGCGGCGGCAAGUGCUGGCGGUCGUGGAUGUGCGCCGGCAGUCGAGUGCUUCGCCCUUGAUGCCACGGAUGGGCAGGAGGCCAGUGCCGUGUACGAGCUCGACUGGGCAGCCAUCGGCGUGCAGGCGGACGUGGGUGUGGUCGUGGACGUUCGCGGAUCGGGCGUCGUGAGCGCGGCUGCCGCCCUGUCCGUGGUGGCCAUCGCCGUGGGCUCGUCCUUCGGCCGCGUCUCGGUGCCGCUGCUCGAGCUGCUGGGGGCGCUCGCGGGGUUCUUCUCCCUCGUGGCGUGCGGCCUGGUACUGCUCUGGCCGCAGGUGUGCGCCGUCGUGCCGAGGGCCGUGGAGAGCGUGGUGGGGCAGGCGGAGGUGCACGGCGAGGAUAGCGCCGACCUGCCGAAGGAGAGCGAGGCGGAGCCGUCGGAGGCCUACGUCGAGGAGUUCGUGGAGGCGCCGACGUCCGAGGGCGUCGACGAGUGUGUCCACGUCCACGUGCAGAAGGUGUCGUUCAUGGAGGUCGCCGCCGAGGAGUUCGUGGAGGUGCGCCGACGUCCGAGGGCGUCGACGAGUGUGUCCACGUCCACGUGCAGAAGGGGUCGUUCAUGGAGGUCGCCGCCGAGGAGUUCGUGGAGGUGCCCGUGGCCGCGGGCAUCGAGAGGAGCGCCUACGUGCCGCAGAACCACUCCGAGGGGGAGCUUGUCGGCGAGGUGAGCGUGGCGGUGCCAGCGGCGGACUACGUCGAGAAGGUCGUGGAGGUGGCUUCGUCCGAGGACGUCGAGGUCAGCGCCCACGUGCCGAAUGUGCCGUUCAAGAUCGUGGAGGGGCGGCCAGGGGGGCCGCCCGAGGCCGCCGCCGGGGCUGCCGGCCGCGCCGAGGGGCGGCCAGGGGUGCCGACGGGCAUCGAGGGGAGCGUCCACGCGCCGAGGAGCGACGCCGUCGCCGAGGAGGAGCUCGUCGGCGAGGUGAGCGUGGUGCCGCCGAGGCCCGUGGAGCAGAGGCCCCGCUGGGCCGAUGCAGGGGACGAGGACUGUGACGUGCUGGUCGAGCUGCCGACGGCCUCCCUGGAGCAGGCGCGGGCGGGCGGCUCGCGGCCGCGGCGCAGGCGCAGGCGCAAGGGGACCAACUGGCAGAUAGUGCAGUUCGCCGUUGAUGUGCUCGAGCGGUUUGGCUCCCUCCGAGAGUCGCUGGCGGCCACGCUCGGGCCCAGGGCGGUGAAUGUGGCUUUCGAGGGGCUGUUCGACGAGGCGUCAACAGCCGCGGAGUGGGGCUGCGACGUGUCGAUCGGCUCCGAGACGGGGAACACCUUGGUUCAGAUGUUCCUCGGUGGCGAGUUCGCGGAGUGCGCCGACUCGUGGCUCCAGGUCGUCGCGGCCGGGGAGAAUGAGUUCUCCGAGGUGAGCCGCGCGCGGGGGCGAGGGGCGAAAGCGGGCGGGGAGGGGCCUCGGAGCGAGGCCCCGCUCUCCCCGUCCGUGCUGGAUCCCCCUCGGAAUCUUGCGAGGGCGGCCCCGUGAGGCCUGCCUGGGGCUCCUCCUGGGGUCGUGCCGCCUGGCCCGCGGGCCUGUGCGGGGUGGGCGCGCCCUCCUUGGAUCCCCCCUCGGGGUUCCAAGGCGGUCGCGCGGGCGUCGGGCUCCGUCCUCGUCGCCACGGCCCGCGCGUCGGGGCGCGAGGCCGCGAGGGGUGCGCAGUGGAUCGACUCUGCCCCCCAUGUCGCGCCG